UCCGCCUUCCUCUCGCGAUGCCGAAGAUGAAGCACAUUUUCCGGAAGCUGCACAUUGGCGGCAGCCAUGAGCCGCCCCGAUCGAACGACGCCGGCGGCGCGGCCACUCCCGCCCAAUCGUGCGGAUCGGAUCAUCGAGCAUCCCCCUGCUGGACCUCCGGCGCGAUUGCAGUGACCCCCUCUCCUUCGUCUUCGUCGUCCUCCGCUCCCUCUCCCGCUGGCGGUGGCGGCUUCGCUUCGCUUACGGCCGCCAGUGCAGGUGAUGAACAAAACACCGUCACUGCCCCGUCGGUGGCGGAGACAGGGAUGACGGACUUCUACACGUCGGAGGAGGAAUUCCAGUAUCAGCUGGCCCUGGCGAUCUCCGCGUCGAACAGCGACCUCAGGGACGACCCAGAUAAGGAGCAGAUCCAUGCGGCCACUCUCAUGAGCCUCGGCCAUGCACCUGCGUUGUCCGUUCGUGUUGGGGAUGCCGCGGGAGCUCAGUCCAGGCGGUACUGGGAAUAUGGGUUGCUUGACUAUGAGGAGAAAGUAUUGGAUGGAUUCUAUGACAUACUCAGUACCUCAGCAGAACCUGCAGGUCAAGGGAAAAUGCCUUCACUUAUUGACCUACAAGCCACUGUGGUUGAUGCAGGGUCUGAAAUUGUCAUAGUUAAUCGAGCCAUUGAUCCAGCACUAGAGGAGCUGGAACAAAUUUCACGUUGUAUUGCUAUGGAUUGUCGAGCUGCUGAAGGUGGAUCUGUAAGCAGCAGGUUGGUGCAACGAAUUGCUGACCUUAUUGUUGAACAUAUGGGUGGUCCAGUUAAAGAUGCAAAUGAUACGGUAGCCAGAUGGAUUGAGAAUAGUAGUAAACUUCGGUCUUCUCUGCAGACAAGCUUCUUGCCUCUUGGAUGCUUGAAAGUUGGCCUAUCUCGACAUAGAUCUCUACUAUUCAAGGUCAUAGCAGAUUCUGUUGGUUUUCCUUGCCGGUUGGUUAAAGGAAGCCUCUACACUGGCGUUGAUGAUGGUGCAGUUAACAUAAUCAAAGCGGAAGAUGACAGGGAGUUUUUAGUUGAUCUCAUGGGAGCCCCUGGAACUCUCAUUCCAGCUGAUAUUUUCAGUACAAAAGAUCCUGCUUCAGACAUGAAUGGACAUAAAUUCCACAACUCUCCACUUCCAAAGGCCACUGAGAUCCCCAGUUUUGAUACGUCAACUGUAGUUUCACCGGGCAGUGAGUACAACUCAGCCAGCGGAAAAUGCAAUACAGAAAACAGUAUUUCAGGUUGGAAUAAUGCUUCUGAGAAAAUGGUUCUGAAAUUUCCGAAUUACAUUUCAAGCAGUGGAGCUAUCUCUACUGUCUCUGCAGCUGCAGCUUCUUUGUCUUCAAAGCCAACAACAGAGGAUGUGGGAGCCUCCCUUCUUCAUGAUGAAGUAAAAGAGAAGCUAAAUGGAACACCAUAUUCUCAAGAGCCUGUAGACUCGCACCAGCUUUUUGCAGAUCUAAAUCCUUUUCAUAUUAUUGGCCCCAGAAAACAGAAUAAAGUUAAUGAGGACAAGGUUAUUGAUUUCCAGAGGCGCAGAGAAAAUAUUGCUGCUGGUCCUGGAAGACCACCGGGACCAGCUGCAUGGAAACACAGGACUAAUGAGGUGCCAAGGACAAAACAGCAAGAAUUUGUUGAAGGUCUUUUCCCAUUGAAAAACUUGGCUGUCAAAGGUUCAUAUUCAUCUUCAUCGAGCUUGUCCAAUUCGUCUAUUGAGGACAUGACGCCAGAGUUUAAGAAUGUGCAUGUCUCCAAGAUUUCUGGUGUUUCAAAUGUGAAGUCAAAUAAAGCAAACGAUGUGACAGGAGUGGGGAAACUUUCUUUUCUGACUGAGAGUUUUCAGAAUAAAGCUGGGCAAGAUAAAGAGCAUGGAAAUUUGAUUUGUGGCAGGGAGGCCCCAAAAAAUGCUGAAGUUCAAGGAAGAAAUGUUUACCCUAAGAAUAUGAGAGCCGAGAAUGAGCAAAGGCUGUGGACAAACGAUGGGUCCUUCGGCUCCCAGGAGUCUUCAGCACUAACAAUCCAUGCUAGUUUGAGUAAGCUAGACCCGAUGUUGGAUGAUGUAGCUGAAUAUGAAAUUCGAUGGGAAGACCUGGUUAUUGGUGAACGUAUUGGCUUAGGUUCAUAUGGAGAAGUUUAUCAUGCUGAUUGGAAUGGCACAGAAGUAGCAGUAAAGAAAUUCUUGGAUCAGGAAUUCUCUGGGGAUGCAUUGCAGGAAUUCAAAACUGAAGUCAAAAUCAUGCGCCGGCUGCGGCAUCCAAAUGUUGUUCUUUUUAUGGGUGCAGUCACUCGUCCUCCUCACCUUUCCAUUGUCACAGAGUUCCUUCCUAGAGGGAGCUUGUACAAGAUUCUACAUCGUCCUAACUGUCAGAUAGAUGAGAAACGUAGAAUAAGAAUGGCUCUCGAUGUGGCGAAAGGAAUGAAUUGCUUGCAUAGCAGUGUACCGACAAUAGUCCACCGUGACCUCAAAUCACCAAAUUUGCUUGUUGACAAAAACUGGAAUGUUAAGGUGUGUGAUUUUGGCCUUUCUCGCAUGAAGCAUCACACAUUUUUAUCUUCCAAGUCUACUGCUGGAACUCCAGAGUGGAUGGCACCUGAAGUUCUGCGCAAUGAACCAUCCAACGAAAAGUGCGAUGUUUAUAGCUUUGGUGUCAUACUGUGGGAGCUUGCAACUUUGAAAAUGCCAUGGAGGGGUAUGAACCCAAUGCAAGUGGUUGGUGCUGUUGGAUUCCAGAAUCGUCGCCUUGAGAUUCCCAAGGAAGUUGAUCCCUUAGUCGCCAGGAUAAUCUGGGAAUGCUGGCAAACCGAUCAAAAUCUGCGCCCAUCAUUUGCUCAGCUCACAGCAGCCCUUAAGCCCUUGCAACAACUUGUUGCGACUAAUAAUCAAGAUUCGCAGAGCGCCCACCUGCCUCAGGAGGUUGUUGCAAACUCUGCUCCGAGUUUUUAAAAGAAACAAAAUGUUUCAGGUGAUUUUGUAGAGUGAAGAUUGAGAAGUGAGCUCAUGGCCGUGUGCGUUCACAAGGAAUUCUUGUGGGGCAGCAGUGGCAAAAUGCUACUGUGGUCUUGUACAGGGGAUAGUGUUCGUCAAGGGGAGUAAAUUUGUAAAUUGUUUAUGAAAUUACAGGUGAAUAGCAAAUAUACUCCAUCUCCCCAUCAACCGAUGUAAUUUCUCUAUUUUGGAACUUGGAAGCCUUUCCAGAUCUCAUUGGAUACACGAUUCUUUUCAACUGCUUUCCAAUGUAAAAAGAUGAAAAAGAUACCUAUAGAUGCAGGUGCAGUCUUUUUCUUUUCUUUCCUUUGAAUAUUGUAAUAAAGCCGAAUCGGCAUGUCUCCAUUAAGUUUAUCUUAAUUGACCACCGGGCAUUUAA